UGGAGUGAUGGAACGAGUGAAACCAGAAAUAGUCAAGUUCUCUGGAGUAAUUGAUGCCCUGAUGCCAAAGACCAGAGAGGACUUCCUGAAAUAUUCCUGUCAGCUCACUCUGGAUCCAAACACACUAAACAGAGAGCUCGCUCUGUCUGAGAGGAACAGAAAAAUUACAUUGAUGAAUCAGAUCCAAACACACCCUGAUCAUCCAGAAAGAUCUGAUGUAGUGCCGCAAGUUCUCUGUAGAGAAAGUCUGACUGGACGCUGUUACUGGGAGGUCGAGUUUAGCAAGAGAGGUGUUGAUAUUGCAGUGUCUUAUAAAGGCAUCAGCAGGAAAAGUAAUGAGUGUAGAUUUGGGUGUAAUGAUCAGUCCUGGAGUCUGAUCUGCUUUGGCUCUAGUUACUCUUUCAAACACAAUGAUAAAGAGUCUAAACUCUCUGUAAACUCCAGCUCCUCCAGAAUAGGAGUGUAUGUGGAUCACAGUGCAGGAAUUCUGUCCUUCUACAGCGUCUCUGACACAAUGACCCUCCUCCACAGAGUCCACACCACAUUCACUCAGCCCCUCUAUCCCGGAUUUGGUGUUUUUUGUGGUCAUUAUCUUCAGAUCUGUGAUCUUGAAUAAAAUUAAAAUAAAAGCUGAAAAUGUGUUCAUCUACA